UUUAGAAGCCACUGAAAUCGUCGAAAACGCACUCAAUAGCCACUAGACGACAGUCGAUCAGAAGAAACGGGGCGAAUUACUAAUUAAUCAAUUACAAUCCGAAGGAGAAAACGACGAAUGGCUUGCAGUAAUUUACCAAACAGGGUGCUCGGUUUCAACAAUAAAACUUCCGAUACGCUUUCGGAAGUAUCGGAAGGCACGGUGACCUCGGACUGGCCGGCGAAUUGGGACACCAAGGAGGACCUGAAGGAGUUCCUCGCCAAAUUGGGACUGAAGGAUGUCGCGGAUUUGUACCAGGAGCGGUUCCGAAUCGAUAGGAGGAAGCUGGAACAAAUGCUGACAGGUGGAAAUGACGCGCUUGUACCAGCCGACGUGUUUUUUGCGAAAGUCAUGGAAGAUACGGACACUUACAUCACUUGGCCGAAUAAGUUGAAAAUUGGUGCAAAAUCGAAAAAAGAUCCCCACGUCAGGAUCGCUGGUCGACCUGAAGACGUCAAAGCAGCCAGAGAUCGAGUUAAAAUAUUAUUGGACACCAAGUGCAACAGAAUAACGAUGAAAAUGGACGUCAGCUACACCGAUCAUUCCCACAUAAUCGGCAAGGGCGGUUUGACGAUCAAGCGUGUCAUGGAGGAGACGCAAUGCCACGUGCAUUUCCCCGACUCCAAUCGCUCCAGUCUCAUCGACAAAAGCAACCAGGUGUCGAUUUCGGGGGACAUACGCGGCGCUGAAAACGCCAGAAGUCGCGUCAGACAACUAAUCCCUUUGAUAUUCGGCUUCGAGUUGCCUAUAAUGACCCAAAACGUGGACGCCACUUCGUACAUUGCCAACAUACAGGAAAAGUACCACGUGCAAGUGAUAUUCAAAACUAGACCGAAAUUGCACGCUACUUUGGUGUUGGUGAAGGGCCAGGAAUGGGAGGCUGACCAAGUGAAGAGAGCCACCAUUUUACUCAUGGAGUUUAUGUGCGAAAAUUUAGCGAAUCAGAUCCCGGUCCAAAUGUCGAUGGAAAUCUCCCCGCACCACCACCCCAUCGUCCUCGGCAAAAACCACACCAAUCUGAAGUUGAUCAUGAAAUUCACCAACUGUCGCAUCAUGUUCCCCGACGCCCAGGACCCCAACAUACCCAAUUUGAAGAAGAGCAACGUCAACAUCUCCGGCAACAUCCACGACGUGUACAAGGCCAGACAGCUGCUCAUGGGCAGCCUGCCGUUGAUCGUCAUCUUCGACCUGCCCGAGGAGUACUCGAUGCUGAGGAAGGAGCAAAUCGACCAAGUGCAGAACAACUACGACGUCACCAUCACCAUACGGCAGAAGGCCAAGAACAAUACCAAGGCUUGCAUUAUCAAGGGGGUGGAAAAGAACGCAGAGAAUAUAUACAAAGCUAGGAACUACAUCUUGGGCUUGGACGAGCUCUACGUCCAAGCGGACAUACCCUCGUCCUACCACCUGCCGUGGGCCAAGGGGGAAGCGAAUUCGCACUCUCCACAGAACACCAGCGAAGACUCUUCGCCGCCGGCGUCCGCUUGGCGCCUCCCCUUGGCGACCAGUCAGCAAAGCGAGGCCUCUUACGCUGGUGCCAUGCACCAACAGCCAUCAUUCAACUGCCAGCAGCAGCAGCAGCACACCGUAGGCAGCAGUGGGUAUCAUAGUUUGAGUUACAAUCAGAUGACGAGUUCCUUGGUGGAUUCGGACCAAAACAGCGAUGUGGAGUUGCACUCGCCCGUUUACAGCGCUCACAAUUCGACCUCUUCCAGUUCUAUUUCCUAUCCCAGGGCGUCGCCGUCGCCGUCACCGCGCCAUUCGGGUAAUAAAAACGAUUUUUCUGCCAUGCUGAGCAACAUGAACUUCUCGCCGGGAUACCACGGUCCCUCUGUAGAUAGAAGACAGGAUUCGUUCAAUCUAUCUCCAGACGAAGCCCAAAGUAAGAGGCUAGCAGGAUUCAGAGCCAUGCAGGAAAAACCCACCGGGGCAACGUACAGACGACCGGUCAAUUCUUGGUCGGGCUACUACAUCAGUCACACAAGUCCUGCGCCUCUGUUUGAAACGCCCAAAAGAAAGCAUCAGGACGACGAGGUUUGGAGCAGCUCGCCCAAAAGUUAUUGCAACACGCCAAACGCGGCCCUCCACACCAGCAACAUUCUGGACCACACUCCGAACACGCUGCUUAAGAAUCUGGCGACUCUGGAUUGCGAGGAUCUGUCGGGCGUGCUGUCUUCGAUCGGUUUGGACAGAUACAUCAGUUUAUUUGCGAAGAACGAAAUCGAUUUGGCGUUGUUUUGCACACUAAACGACAAAGAUCUAUUCGAAAUCGGCGUCAGCACGUUCGGGGCUCGCAAGAAGAUGCUGCUGACUAUAACAGAGUUGAAUAAGAGGUCCAACAAUUUUCUGGCGGCUCCGGGGGCGGAGAGGAGGGUUAAACCGUUAGAAUCGGGUAGUCCUAAUUUUUCAUCGCCAAGUGAAAAGUGGUAAGAAAAAGCUAUAUAAUUGUAGUCCUUCGCGUUUGUUUUUUUAUUGUUAUUUAUUAAGGGGGUAUUUAAGAUGCGUGAAAAUAAUUUGUAAAGAAUUGUUUGUUUUUUCGUCAUACAGGGCUGUGUGAAGGUGAAUUAAAACUCGCGAUAUUUUGAUCUGCUUCGUUGAAAUGUUAGGACAACAAUGUUUAUACCUCAUUGAGAUAUUCAGUUUUAAUUUUAGUAUGCGGUUAAAAUUUGUCUAUGCUGACUUUUUUACAUUUCGUUGAAAUUGUGACGGGACAAUUUUGAUUCGCGAAUUUUAAUUCUGCUUACAGUGAAUCGUUUGAUAUCUGCUCGUUAAUCGUUCGAUCUUAUUGAGGUAUAUUUCGUUUGUGCCAUAAUGACAUAAUUAAAUGAGACCUAAUUAAUGAAAAUGACAAGACUUGUGAGAUAAGUUCCGCAUUCAAUUUAACAAACAAGUGUUGAAUUUAGUUAAGCCUUGUCACUUUUAUGUGGUCUCUGGUCGACUUUCAAACUAUUAUUAUUAAUGAUGUAAGUCUGAUAAAAUGAAUCAUUUUUCUUUGACGAUAUCGAACCCUGUAUAUCGAAUAAAAUACACCCUGUAUUUUAGUAAAUUAGUUUUAUGACUAACCCUACAAAAAUUGCUCAAAAAUUUGCCAAUAUUACUAUUUGUUUAACCUA